GAGAGAAUGAUCAUUUAGGCGACAACGAUGGGCGUGGUUCAACCUGAAAUAUUUUUAAGUUUCUUGACCAUGUUAGCGAUCAGAAAUUUGAGAAGAACACAGGGAACUGACUGUUUAUGACAAAGCGACAUACAGUUAUCAAAGACGAUACAAUAAGAUUAGUGCCCCGACUUGAUAGAAGGUCAUGGCGAGUUUAUAUGCAUCACAACCAGAGACAACGAACGCAAACAGAGCAUGUCGAGUUGUACUUGGUCCCUGUACAGAUAGUCUACGUGACUUACUGCGUCAAAAGGUUCCACCAUACACAUUCCAUCAUGUCAUCAAACAAAACAAACUCAAUCUUCCUCGUCUGACGGCUGUUCAACGUGACCUAAUUUUACCUAAGAAUGGGGGUUAUAUGGGAGUCUACAAUGACAUGGACAUCUCAUUAUUGUAUAUCCUAUUGAGAAACAUAAGCAACAUAUCUCCUCACUCCAAGGGCUGGGGCAACGAUCCCGACCCCCAUGACACGAGUCUCUCUGCCAACAUCGAGAGGAUUCGAUUGGUCCGGAAUCGUUGUGUUCACUCAUGUGAUCCAUCCAUGUCCAACACAGACUUUAACUCCAUCUGGUCCACCAUUAGAUCAACAAUGGUGGAUCUGGAUGCCUUCCUCAUGAAUAGAAACAAAUAUGAAAAGGCGGUGGAUUUCCUACGUCACGAAUCAAUGGACCCUGAAAAUGACCUACAUUAUGAAGAAGAACUGAGGAAGCAGGUGGAGGAAGAUAAGACGACCAGGAAAAUGGUGGUCAACCUUAAACGUAAAUGAAGAUUCUGCAAUAAGUUUUGAGUUUUCAGAUUAUCACUGUAUCAUUUUGACUUUAUCAUAUGCUAUAAUGGUAAGUUAUGAUUAAUUGACAGUUUUUAUAUUAGGUCAACAACAAAAAAAAUAGGUGUGUUUCCGACUAAAUCUUGAAAAAAGAAAUAUUGCCCCGUAUCACUACAUGAGGAAGAAACUUGUACAUGAUGCGUACAUUUGUGGAUACUGACAUGUAGCAUCAAGUGUUCAGUAUUAGCACAGGAGUCGGCAGUUCUACAAUGUGUAACGAGUGCUCGAUGGCUACGCUCGCGAAGCUCAGUGGUUGUUGUUUAUAUUGUAGGUCUAGACCUUUACAGAUAAUUUGAAUAUCGAGCCCGAACUUAUCAUGAAACAAAGUAAAUAAUUUAAGGGCUGGAAUUUAUCCAGAAAAUUAGGGUCGGGAGAAAAUUUACGGUUGAUCAGGUAACCGCAAACACACUUUUGUCUUUUUGUUGUUGAUGUCUUAAAUAUGUUAAACUUUUUGAAUAAGCUAUGUAUAGCUAUAUGUGUAUGUUAAUUAUUUAUUAUGGAGAUCUUUAUGAUUUGAUCCGAAAAGUACAGCAAGUUAUAUCCUAUGUUUACAAUUUCUGGGGUUAACGUCAAUGUUCAACUGGAACUACUGACAGCUCCCUCGAAAUAUAUAUGUCCAUCUUAACAUACAACACUUUCAAUGUUUGUAACUAUUUUUCUUUGAGAAUUAUGGUGGUGUUUUUUUUUUCUUCUUAAAAUAAAGGGUUGUUUUCCAAGGAAAACUCGAUAAAUUCAUUUAAAAAAAUAUUUUGAUUGCUACUUUCUAACACCGGAAUUUUUUUCGGGAGAGUAAAUAGACGACCUCAUUGCAUGUGUUAGCUAGGCGUAUCAAUUCAUAUCAUACAUCUGAGGUUAGAUGUAGUAUAUGGCACCAGAAUCUGCCGAAAUCUGCCGAUUGUAGUGGGGAUCUGCUUUAUAAUUAAUCCUCAGUAUCCCUUUUCAAAAUAAAGUAAUUAACACAUGAUUAAUAUUUGAAUGAUAGAGAUAUCCAUAGAAAUGUUGUUUUUUGUUACUGUGCUGAAUUAAGUGUGUAAUGAAACUUGAUCAUUUAAAUUUCUUAUAUACAUUGCUGGAUCUAUAGUUAAUGUUCAUUCAAGCUUUACUGUAAACAAACUUAUGUUCGCGACUACGUCAUUCCAUAACAGAUACAUGUACAGCGUUGACAUUUCGUCACCAUUUCUCCUGCUCAAGACGUGCGAGUAUCGAGUGAGUUUGUAUUUCAACUAGAUUGAUCAUGCACUGUGACUUAUUUUAGAGCUUAUUAUAAAAAGUAAAAGUUCAAAUAGUUCUCCGAACGUUUUUCAUUAGGGAUACAGGUAUUGUUGUCACAACUUUCCUCUCAGAGAAGUACAGAUUCAGUAAAGCAUUUUAGCAUAAUGGAUGCUUACUCCUCCAUAUGCAUUAAUAACCCCAUCGCAUAUAUGUCCAGGGGUCCAUGUUUGUCCCAAUCUCUUGUCGUUCCUUGCUCUCACAUACACCACUGUCAUUGACUCGAAGGUUUUAUAAGAGUCAUGUAAAAAAGCAUGUAUGCUCAAAUAAAGUAUGGUUUCGAUUUCAGUUACAAAAAUAUACGUACAUAGAUAAAUACUGAGCUGAUGCCAAGCCUUUUUGUGACACAAGAAGCAUUGAUUUGCGUUGAAACGCAGAUGUUGGGUUGUUCUAUGCACCAGGCUUUAUUAACACUAGAUAUAGAAUGCAUAAUAAUGGGGAAUAAACUACAAAUAGUUACCUGUCCUACAUUUUCUCGAAAUUUUAUAAAGUAGUUCUUAUAUCGUUUUAUUAGCCUUUAAAAAAGUGGAUUUACAUGUGGAGUAACAUUGCUUAUUUUGAGAUGACAGAGGUAUAUAUGUGAGUGUAAGGAACGAUAACUCUUGGUAGAGAUUGUAUUUGUCCUACUCUUAAUUUUGUAUUCUUAUAGGAGUUAUGAUUACUGUACAUUAUCUUCACCUUUCUUAUGAAUAUCCACCAAGUCUUACAUCAUCUUUUUACAGGUAGGAUAGAACAAAAUGGAGAAGGAGACAGGAGAUUGGAUGGUAAGAUAGAAGAAACUACCAAAAAAGCCAGGAUAUUGGAAGAUAAACUGGAAAAACUAACAAAGUCACCCAUUCCCCAAAAUGUGAGAGAGCAAUAUGGUAUUAACGUUGAAAAAUGGAGAGAGGAAGACAAGGUUUACUAUGAAACCCACAGCUUCUCGUCAAUGAUGGAGAAAAUGAGGAAACAACCUUGCGUGACGUUUGUUGGUGUGCCUGGUUCUGGGAAGUCUGCCACGGCUCACCACAUCGCUCUCAAGCUCCAGGAGGAAGGUUACGAGAUUGUUCCAACCAAAGACAUCAACAAGAUAGAGGACUAUGGUGAUCCAAAAAAUCCGCAAGUUUUUGUUAUUGAUGAUGUGGUGGGUGUCUUUGGCCUCAAGAAAACUAAAUUAGAUGUGUUGACUGAUUAUGAACAGAAAAUAACACAGCCUUGCAUGGUUAAGUCUAGAACUUUGAUGACAUGUAGAGAUGUUGUGUUCAAUGAAACACUACCUCACAAAUCAUUCCUUACCAAAGAAGAGAAUGUGAUUAAGUUACAUGGUUCUGAUCAUGCACUAGACGAUCAUGACAAAAACCAGAUUCUCCAAAUGCAUGGUUUAAGUGUUAAUUUAAUAUUACCUGCAUUGCUGACAUCAACAUCUCGCAUGUUUCCUCUUCUUUGUAAAUUGUUUUCAAAGGAAACAAAAUUCCAAGCUCUUGGUUCAAAGUUUUUCCUGAAUCCAGUCCAAUGUAUUAUUGAUGAACUUGAUGAUAUGCAAAGGCAUAACAAGCUGAAUUAUGCAACACUUGUUCUCUGUAUGAUAAAUGAAAACAGGCUCUCAGAAAACAUUCUAGAGGAUAUCAAAAAUGAAUAUUUCGUUAACAUGAAAAACAAACUUUUGAAAAAUUGCAGAUUAGAACAGUACACUGAUACUUUCAAGUUUAUGGAUGCUUUGUCAGCAAUGGAGGGGACAUACACAAAACAAUGUGAUGCAAAAUACACAUUUAUACAUGACUCCAUGUUUGAAAUUUGUGCUUAUCAGUAUGGCAAACAGUUUCCUGACCAAAUGUUGCAGUAUAUGAGUAGUAGUUAUAUUGCUAAUAACGUCAAACCACAGACAAGUGAACCGAAUAUUGUUAAAGUGAAAGAGAAACGGAGUGAUUCUCAAUCUAUUGUGGGGCGUGAGAGUAGCAAUGAUAGGGACGGAAAAGAGAAGGAAAGUGAUGAUAAAAACAACGAGAGAGAGGAUUCGUUUGAUCUGUGUAUAAGGUUACGUCAGGAUCAGUACACACUGUUAGCAGAGAGAUUGUACAGAGACAUACAGAACAUGGAGCUGUAUGAUGUUUUCAGGAAUCAGGUUUUAAAACAUUCCCAGGUGUAUCAGGCCUUUAUUCGUGUGCUAGAGACAAAGUCAUACACAGAAUUAAAAUCUGUAUUUCUGUCCAGUCAGGGAAAGGUAGAUAAGAUAGCGGGUAAACGAAAGUGUGUGGUUGAGGAGAGUGAGGAGAGGGAUGAGUGGACGAGACAGACAGUGCUGGUGGAUUAUAGGAGUGACGGUUCAUUUCUUGAAAUUAGGUGCAAUGUAAGAGUGAUCAGCUGGGUGAUUUACUAUGGACAUUAUCAGAUAUUAGAAUACAUAGUACAACAGACUGAAAAACACAAUGAAGUAAGUGAAUUGUUUGGGAUAACAGGAAAUUAUCCACAGGAAUCUAGAUCUGAGAUAUUUGAAAAGAAUAUAGUUUUUCAUAGAUCUAGAAGAGAAAUAAUGGUAGAAAGAUCUGGAAUAGAAACAUGUAAUAAUCAGGAGAACAAUAGGCCUGUAGAACAAUCUACAUCUGGGAUAUAUACAUGUAUUGAACAGGGAAAUGAAAUCAAUAUGCUUGUAGAAGAGUGUAGAUUACUUCUGUUGUGUUGUUAUAGUGGUGAUGUACAGACAAUCGGAGUUCUACUUCCUCUCUGUAAGAAAGUAAUCAAUGGGAUAGAUCAGAUCAGAGAAGAUAUUUCUUGGUAUCAUCAUCCACCUCUUAUCAAUGCAUGUGCGGAAGGACAUGCGAGUAUAGUGGAGGAGCUGGUGAAGGCGGGGGCUGAUGUCAAUCUACAGCGUAGAGGGGGGUGUACACCACUGAUAGCUGCAAGUAAGAGGGGACAUGUGAGUAUAGUGGAGGAGCUGGUGAAGGCGGGGGCUGAUAUCAAUGCACAUGAUUUAGUGCGGGAUACACCACUUGUAGCUGCAUGUGAGGAAGGACAUGUGAGUAUAGUGGAGAAACUGGUGAAGGCGGGGGCUAAUGUCAAUCUACAAAAUAUGGAAGAGUAUACACCACUGAUAGCUGCAAGUGAGAGGGGACAUGUGAGUAUAGUGAAGGAGUUGGUGGAGGCGAGGGCUGAUGUGAAUCUACAGGGUAUAGGGGUACUUACACCACUGAUAGCUGCAUGUGAGGGAGGACAUGUGAGUGUGGUGGAGGAUCUGGUGAAGGCGGGGGCUAAUGUCAAUCUACAGGAUGGAAUGAAAAAUACACCACUGAUGGCUGCAUAUAAUGAAGGACAUGUGAGUUUGAUAGAGGGGCUGGUGAAGGCGGGGGCUAAUGUCAAUCUACAGGAUAUAUGGGGGUGUACACCACUGAUAGCUGCAUGUGAGGGGGGAGAUGUGAGUGUGGUGGAGGACCUGGUGAAGGCGGGGGCUAAUGUCAAUCUACAGGAUAAAAUGGAGAAUACACCACUGAUGGCUGCAUGUAAGGGGGGACAUGUGAGUUUGAUAGAGGGGCUGGUGAAGGCGGGGGCUAAUGUCAAUCUAAAGGAUAAAAAAAAUACACCACUGAUAGCUGCAUGUAAGGGAGGACAUGUGAAUAUAGUGGGGGAGCUUGUGAAGGCGAAGGCAUCUGUCAAUCUAAAGGAUGAAAUUGGAAAUACACCACUGAUAGCUGCAUGUGAGGGAGGACAUGUGAGUAUAGUUGAGGACCUUGUGAAUGCAGGGGCUGAUGUCAAUCUACAGGGUAGAUGGGAGAUUACAGCACUUUUAGCGGCAUGUGAGGGAGGACAUGUGAAUAUAGUGGGGGAGCUUGUGAAGGCGAAGGCAUUUGUCAAUCUAAAGGAUGAAAUUGGAAAUACACCACUGAUAGCUGCAUGUGAGGGAGGACAUGUGAGUAUAGUUGAGGACCUUGUGAAUGCAGGGGCUGAUGUCAAUCUACAGGGUAGAUGGGGGGAUACAGCACUUUUAGUGGCAUGUGAGGGAGGACAUGUGAGUAUAGUGAAGGAGCUGGUGAAGGCUAGGGCUGAUGUCAAUCUACAUGGUGAUGGCAGCAAUUCACCACUGAUAGCUGCAUGUGAGGAAGGACAUGUGAAUAUAGUGGAAGAGCUUGUGAAGGCGGGGGCUGCUGUCAAUCUGCAGGGUAAUUACAGCAAUACACCACUGAUAGCUGCGUGUGAGGGAGGACAUGUGAGUGUGGUGGAGGACCUGGUGAAGGCGGGGGCUGAUGCCAAUCUACAGGAUAAAGACAAGAAUAUGCCACUGGUAGCUGCAUGUUGGGGAGGACAUGUGAGUAUAGUGAAAGAACUGGUUAGGGCGAGGGCUGAUGUCAAUCUACAUAAUAUAUGGGGGUAUACACCACUGAUAGCUGCAUGUGGGGGAGGACAUGUGAGUGUGGUGGAGGACCUGGUGAAGGCGGGGGCUGAUGCCAAUCUACAGAAUAGAUGGGGUGAUACACCACUGAUAGCUGCAUGUGAGGAAGGACAUGUGAGGAUAGUGGAGGAGCUGGUGAAGGCGGGGGCUGAUGCCAAUCUACAGGAUAAAAACAAGAAUACGCCACUGGUAGCUGCAUGUGGGGGAGGACAUGUGAGUAUAGUGAAAGAACUGGUGAAGGCGGGGGCUGAUGCCAAUCUACAGGAUAAAAACAAGAAUACGCCACUGGUAGCUGCAUGUGGGGGAGGACAUGUGAGUAUAGUGAAGGAACUGGUGAAGGCGGGGGCUGAUGUCAAUCUACAGAAUAAAUGGUGGGAAACACCACUGGUAGCUGCAGUAAGAGAGGGUUCUUUAUCAAUAGUGAAAUGUCUAGUGGAAUAUGGAGCUGACUUGGAUAUUCAGGUUGUUGAUAUCAAUGUGUCAGCAGUAUGUAAAGCAUUAAUACUGAACAAACCAGAUAUUGUGAAAUAUCUCAUACAGGAACAAAAUAAAAUAAUCCCUGGUAAAUUUAAUGGAAAUGUACACCUGUUUAACUGUCUGGUGGACAUCAGACAUGCCGGAGUUAAAACAGACAGUAGGGAUGACGUGGUGGUGACAGACAGAUCAGUGUGGUGUAUGGAUAGAUGGGGAGAUAUGUGGAAGACAAUUAGUAAUAGAGACUCUGGUGUGCUGAGACAUCUGUUGUGUUUGGGUCUGGAUGUCAAUCAGUCGAUACAGUUGUGUGAUAAGAGCAAUAAGUCUGAUGUGAGACCUCUGUUGUAUAUACUGAUUGAUGACUCUUUUAAUUAUAGAAUGGAGAAGGUGAGAAUCCUACUUGGGGCGGGGAUGGAUGUCAAUAUCAGGGUGAGAUAUAGAGAGUAUGACUCUGUGUUAGACAGGGAGGGUGUGUCUGUUCUAGAGAGGACGAUGCGACUGCUGUGUAAAUAUUGUUAUGAUGCAUCAAAGUACAAGAGAGCGAUGUGUGAGCUAAAGAAACAUGUCAGAAGACACUCUGUAUAGUCCCUGGUAGAAUUGUAGAGAUAUGUUGUUACUGGGUGCAAGAGAGUGAUGUGUGAGAUAAAGAAACAUGUCAGAAGACACUAUGUAUAGUCCCUGAUAGAAUUGUAGAGAUAUGUUAUUACUGGGUGCAAGCUAGUGAUGUGUGAGAUAAAGAAACAUGUCAGAAGACAGUCUGUAUAGUCCCUGAUAAAGUUGUAGAGAUAUGUUACUGAGUACAAUAGAUGAGGAAACAUCUCAGAAGACACUCUGUAUAGUACCUGGUAAAAUUGUAAAGAGAUGUUGUUACUGAGUACAAGAGAUAAAGCAACAUGUCAGAAGACGCUCUGUAUAGUCCCUGAUAGAAUUGUAGAGAAAUGUUGUUACUGAGUACAAGAGAUAAAGAAACAUGUCAGAAGACACUUUGUAUAGUCCUUGAUAGAACUGUAAAGAAAUGUGUUAUUUUUUCACUAGAUGUACUGAGUAUAAAAUCCAAUGUGUAAAUGUAUAAUACUUAAAUGUCUGUAUUUAUGUACUAAAUGUGUAUAAUACUUAAUGUCUGUAUUUAUGUAUAUGUGUAUAAUACUUAAUGUCUGUAUUUAUGUACUAUGUGUGUAUAAUACUUAAUGCCUGUAUGUAUGUAUAUGUGUAUAAUACUUAAUGCCUGUAUUUAUGUACUAUAUGUGUAUAAUACUUAAUGUCUGUAUUUAUUUACUAUAUGUGUUUAGUACCCACAGAAUCAGUUUCCAAUACUUUUGUUACGUGUUAAAGUGUUAAAGAUUACAUUGUUUGUAUAUCGGACGGUUGAAAUGAAUCAUCAAUAAAUUAAUUAAAUACAUUA